UGUUCUCUAAAUGGAGAACUAAACAUCAUGUUGCAGAUGCACACAUUCACUUGCAAUGCACAAAAAAAAAAAUAUCCAGCUUCCAGUGUUUGCCGCUGUGGCCACAGCAAAAAUAUCGCAGGGCUAUUAAGAGUAUCAGAGAACCAAUUUUUCUGCUGACCAGGUGACAUCAACCAAACAUGAAACCGAUGGCCAAGUUUCACAUAUAUUUGGUGUUCCUCUGUGGGACCAUCCUACCACUUUGCUUACAAAUAGGAGUGGCUGCUAUGGAGACUCCUUUAACAACAAGUCCUUCUGUUCUCACUACUCAAACUCCAACAAGCCCAAGCUCAACGGUCCCAAGUACUACUGUGAUUUCACAGGAUCUCCUUACCACCCUGCCUUCUCAGGAAACAACUACAUACACCACACAGGUGACCACCUUCCUGCCUACAUCCUCAGUCCAGACAACCAUGUUGCCAAUGCAGUCAUCAUCCCCAGAGACAUCAACAUCUCCACCACUAGCCUCAACGCUUCCACCAGAUGUGCCAACAUCUUCCUACUCAGUCACUGGUCCAGGUCAAGAAUCUGUGACUCUGAGUGGGAACCCAACCAAAGCUGAACUCUGUGAGGAAAAUAAUAAGAGACUAAUGAUGAUAUGCCUCAUUAUCAUUGGACUACUUGUCUUCCUUUGUGUGUGCCUUCUCUUGGUCGUUGUUGUCAUGGCCAGCAAACUAUCCCACGUCAAGAGAAGCCAGGCAAGCAGGCGCCUUCCCAGGACCAACGGAGAUUUUCUGAGUGCCAGCAGUUUGUGGCCCAUUGGAUUAGAGACACUGCAGAGGAUGAGCACGGAGACCACAGAAACAAGCCUUCCUCCUCAGGGCCCAAGGGAGGAGAGAAUGUCAGGACAAGAGAAAGCGGGAGAAGAAGUCAGCAGGAAACUAGCAAGUGAAAUAUCCAUCAGGCAGAAGAACAAGGAGAUGUCGCCAAAGGAGACGUCAGCAAAGCCACGCAACAGCUCCAUAACCAAGAUUGAGAUUUAAGGAUUCCUUCAGGUAUCCAAAGCAGGAGACUACUGGCGAAGAGGUAGAGAGCUCCAGGGAGUGGACCCCAAUAUUGCACUAUUGGAGAUGGGGAUGACUCCCUCUUUCCUCCCCUCUUACUCCGCUGUAUGCCAAAAAAAGGAUGCAGAACAAUUCCCAGUCCCUCAGAUUUUGAGGAAACAUUGGUACGUGUCUACGGAUCUAUAGUAUCAAUCAUUCCUUCCCAGUUCUGCUGCUUGAAGACACUUUGUGAGCGGAUCACGCUUGGCCCAUUUCAAAUAUUUCCACACCACUGAUAGUUUUUUUGGGUGAUACAGAUAAUUUGCCAUAUCAAAGAGACAGAUGUUCUGAAACAGCGGGGAUGGUUUUCUGAGGAAGAGCUGAAUGUUAAUGCAUGCAAAAAAAAAAGCAAACAUUGCUACAGAAUGGAAAACAUGUUUAGGCGGGCAGAGCACAUACCGCAUCACAUCACAUGGACAGCUGAGAAAGGGAACUGUAAAUAAAGACAUUUGACAAUUGUUUGAAUUGAAUGGACCAGGGAUAACCUCCAAUUUAUACAAUGUAAACAGGAAGUAUGCUGCGAAAUUUCAAAAAAAAAAGUAAAUAAAUUUAAAACCGACAAUUUCCCACAUAUAUAUUAGUUACUAGCUGUCCCCUGCCACGCGUUGCUGUGGCCCAGUCUGUUGAUCUGGAAAAUAAAGUAAUGAGAAAGUGUUGGUUUCUAAUAUAUGUA